AUGGCGCAGACUCAGCCUCAACAGUACUCCUCCCAGUCCUUCUCUCCUCCGCCUGUCUCUUCUCCGUCGCCCAGCGCCACCUCAUCGGCAAAUGCAGGUGCUAUACCUCCUCCACCGAAACGACAACGCCUCUCUCCUCAUCCACAGUCACCCUACGCCUCCCCCAGCUUUGGAACGCUGCAGCUCCCACAGAAUCCGUCUCCCACGAUGAACGGCACAAAUGUCAACGGCAUGGCUUCCGCGCCGGGACCAGCGCCCACGCCGAAUGCUGCUCCCGCGCCUGCUCCCCCAGGCUCUAUGGGCCCUCCAUCACGACCGGUGGAAAAGCCAACAGAUGCUUCUGAGCUUACGGAUGUUCUGGCAUCGUCAGGAAUCGACGUGAAGGAAGAGGAAGCAUAUCUCACAAACAGUUAUGCGCCAACUGCUAUGCAGGCUCAGCAGCCACAGCGACCGCAGGCCCCGGUUAUGACCACUUCCUUCACGUCUCAGGUUUCUACGCCGGGUACAGCAUCGACGGGCACCAGCUUCGAUUUCUCACAAGGAAAGCCUCCGACCACCCAAGAAUCAACCUACAUCGCAGAGAGCCAGGGUGUACCCUUCAAAGAUCCUAAUGAGCCAACCGCAGAGAAUACGCAGGCAGCUAGGCGCGCUCAGUAUCAUCUCCAAGAUCCAUUCCUUCUUACAAAGGUCCUGGAGCAGAAAUUACAGAAGCGUGGCUUUGAGUUGGGCGUUCGUAUACCCACCGAAGGUCUGUUUCAUCCCGUUCCAGGGCGUCCUCAACCUAUUGAGGUUACAGGCCCGGAUGGGUCGUCUACUGUGCGCAAGGGCCAGACUAUUGUGAACCAAGAAGGGGCUCCUCUUGUGGAUAUCCUGACACUCGUGUCGCUGUGUUGCGAAGAGCGGCUGAGGAUGGUAAUCGAAUACGCUUCGACUCUUGCAAAAAGCCGACGUCUACACUCCCAUGGCGCUGUUCCCCAAGAGUGGAAGGAUGUAGCAGCUCCUGCUCCGGAGCCGGAUAGUGCACUAAGCCCGAAGACUAUGUCUUCGAAACGUCCCCACUCUGCUACCGAGAGUACCGCCACCAGUAGAUUAGCUGAGAAAUAUCGCUUAAUGGCCAGCAAAGAUGUGUCGAGCGAGGAAGCUCGUGCGGCAAAACGCGCAAAACGAAGUGCCAACGCCAUUCUAGGGGAGAGCGGUAGCAGGGCAACCUCCGUUGAUGUCCCGGGCUCCGGUUCCGCCACUCCCUCAAGCGUCAUUGGGGACAAGGCCCUUGGUCCUGAUAAGAAAGGCAUGACGAAGAAGGAGGCUAAGAAACAGAUGGAUGCCAGGGCAAGCGAGGCACAACAACAUCAGCAAUCUAUCGAAACAGCGCGAAUGGCUACGAAUAACAUGUUAUCCGGUCGAAUGUUUGGUAAUACCAAGAAGACAUAUUCUUGGUUGAACAGGGGCACGAGUACGAAUACUAGUUUCUCUACUCCCCGCCUCAAUGCUCCAUCAAAUAUCGGAGACAAGGGUGGGAAGUUGGGCGAUGCCAAUGCUGCUGCUGCGACAAAGCGGCUGGGAGAUUGGCGAGAGGAUAAGGAAAAAGGUGCCGGGAUACAAAUGCGGGAUCUUUUGUUUGCUCUCGAGCAAGAUGGAAGAGGCUUGAGACAUGUUCAAAAGGCUUACUCGAAAGAUUUAAAGGAGGAUCGCGUGAACUGA